AUGAGUUCAAGAAAUAAAGGUAUUGUGAAGCCUUGUAAUUCAUCAGCAAAGCAGAAAGCUAUAUGUGAAACAAGUACUACACUGACGGUUGAUGAUAUAAAUGUAGGCGUAGAAGAUAUGGGGUUGAACUCUGAUAAAAAAGAUGGAUGGGUAAUGUGUUCUAGAAAGUCCAAGAACAAGGGUGGAAGUGGCAAUGUUGGGAAGAAUCAAUGGAUUCCUCAGAAUCCCACUCUAAAAACCAAGCUGGGAAUAUCUAACAAUAUUGUUGGAUCGUCGGGACAGGAGAAUGCUAUACCAACACCUGCUGCAGUUACUCCUGCCCUGAAGAAUGGUUGGGAUUGGUCAUCUGUCGCUCGUUCCAAUGAGGACCAAGAUACUUAUUCUCCUGUUGCUGAUGAUGUCAAGGCACAUGAUGGGAAGGAUAAUGAAUUGGAUUUGCCUGAUGAUGACAGUGAUGACGAGCUUCCGAGUGAUGACGAGCUUGAGGAUCCAAAUGUGAAUGAAAUGAGUUAUGAGGCGUGCAAGAAAAGUCCUUGGUUCAAGAACCUUUUCGAAUGUCUUGACAGUUUGACUGUCACUGAGAUUAAUGAUCUGGAACGACAGUGGCACUGCCCUGCAUGCAAAGGUGGUCCGGGUGCAAUUGAGUGGUUUCCACGGAUACAGUCAAUGAUGAUCAACUCAAAAACAAAAGGAUUUAGGAUGAAAUUACACAGACAACUUGCUCAACUUUUGGAGGAGGAGCUGCGUCAGAGGGGAACUUCUGUUGUACCUCCUGGUAAAGUGUAUGGAAGAUGGGGUGGCGUCGAAUUUGAAGAUAAGGAAAUUGUGUGGCCACCGACAGUGAUUAUAAUGAACAUGGUGCUUGAAAAAGAUGAAAAUGACAAGUGGAUUGGAAUGGGAAAUCAGGAGUUGCAUGAUUAUUUCAGCUCUUAUGCUGCUGUCAAGGCCACCCGAAGUUCAUAUGGUCCACAAGGCCAUCGUGGUGUGAGUGUAUUGAUUUUUUAG